AUGGUCGCCGUCGAAAAGUUCACCAAGUCCAUGCCCGUGCCUCCUGCGGCUCACGACUACUCCGGCCUGCCCGCGGUCACCAGCUAUCCCAAGGCCAACUACUACCCUACCGCCAUCGUUCCGAUCCGACCCAAGAUCCGAUGCCCCAAGGCAUUCACCAUGUCCAUGACCAUCCCGCCCACCACCUACGACAUCACCCACGACAACAUCAAGUCCGCCAUCCAGGAUUACAAGUCGGAAGAAGCCAAGCUCGAUGCUUGUCCGGCUGUCACCAGGCGUAUUAUUGAUAUGAAAAUGAAGAAAUUCGGCAGGGGUGGAUGGGAGGAGUUUGCCACGGAGAAGAGGGCGGAGAACACGCGUAUCUUUGUGCAGGAUAUGGCCCGCCUUGGUUGGAACGUUGAGCUCGCUAAGCGGGUUGAGGCGGAGAGGGAGGGAAGGCGUCUUGGGUAUACCUGGUCUCAGCAAUCAGAGUUCAGCACACAGAGUGACACUUGGGCUUUCGACAUUCCAACCAUGAGCAACGAAGAUGACGCUGGAUGGGGAGGACCUCCCGAAAAGGUCACGACCCCUCCUGCCCUUCCCCUUCCCACCUUGGCCCCCGCUGUCGAGCCAGCGACCACUUCGGCCCCACGUCACAACGGCGCAUCACCUCAGCCACCCACCCCCUCUAUUCAGGUGACAGAGUCUACAGUCUACAAGACGGCUUCUUAUCCCUCUGAUGGAGAUGGGGAUGACGCCGACGACUGGGCUGCUCCCAUUACCAACAACGAUACUUCGAACGGAUGGGCCGAUAAACAGCAUGUGGGCGAGGGCAAGACUACGGGCGGAUGGGUUCAGCCUGAAGCUGAGCCUGUGCCGGUACCCGACUCCCCCUCUCAUCCCGACACCUCCCUUGCGAAGGCACACGGGCAAGGCAAAGGCUCGCCCGAGGUUGAACGAUCAGCCGAGGAUGGCGGGGAUGAGUCAGCUCCUGCUUCCCCCGCUAUGGAAAAGUCUCCUCUGAGAGCAUGGGGCUUUGAAGACACUGAGGAUUCCGGUGGUGGUGAUGAUGGCAGUGCUUGGGACGACGCUCCCGCGCAACCUUCUGGUGGUGGGUGGGGUGAUGCGCCUGUUUCAGCUGGUUUUGGCGGAGACUCUCAAAGCGCCGGUGGCUACGGCGUUGGCGGUGGCGGUGGGGGAUGCUUCAAGUGUGGACAGGACGGCCAUUUUGCCCGAGAGUGUCCCAACGCCGAACAAUUCGGCAGCGAGUGCUACAGGUGUCAUAAACGAGGGCACUUUGCUCGAGAGUGCCCGGAAUCCGGAGGUGGUGAUGGUCAAGAGUGUUUCAAGUGCAACCAAGUCGGUCAUAUCUCCCGAGACUGUCCCAGCGCGUUUGGUGCUCGCGACAACGGCUACGCUCAACGCAGUCAAUCUCAACGAAGUUUCGGCGGCUCUCAGGCAAGCAGCGCCUCUGUCCAACAAUCUCAGCCUACCGACUCUUGGGGUAACGACAACGCCCAGCCUGCAUCGGGAGGUGGCGGGGGCUGGGGCGAUUCGGCCCCUGCUCAAGAAUCCAACGAUGCCGACGAUGGCGGCUGGGGUUCCGCCCCCGCUGCCCCAGUAGACUGGUCCGUCCCUCCCCCUCGCACUUACCCUCCUGCCAAGGAUCUUCACCUAGGCCAAAUUGACGCCGAUCGCGACGGCGGUAUUGGUAUCCACGUCUCUUCACUCACAACGGGCCGACCCUGGGAGAAACAGUUCGUCCCGCCCCCGGCUGAUCAAGGAUGGGGUGGAUUCAAGAGGAGAGGUGGCAGUAAGAGCGGUAGUCAGGCGGGGAGGAGUGAGCGAGGGAGCCAGCAUGGAGGGGAAGGGAGGGGCGGGUUUGGUGCUGCUUCGGGGGGAGGCAGGUUUGGAGGACCAUCUGGAGGGGGCUGGGGCGGUGCUGCUCCUCAACAAUCCAACGACAGCUGGGGUGCCGCCGCUUCUGCCCCUGCCCCUCAAGCUCCUGCCGGAGGCGAAAGCCGGUGGAGCGCAGCACCCGAGCCUGCUUCUACCAACUCAAACAACGACGACGAUGAUGCCGGAGGCUGGGGUGCUACUCCCGCUGUCAUCCGAGCUCCCGCUCCCGCCUCCAAGCCUUCUGCUCAACGAUCUUCCAGCUUUGCCGAGGAGCCAGCGACUACUCCAACCUUUGCUCAGCAAUCGACAAGCUGGGCUGACGAUACCUCUCCUGAACCUCAGGCCGAAGCUGGAGAUGCGGCUGGGUGGGGCGCUGAACUUGCUUCUUCUGCCCCUGCUGCUUCUGGCGGUGGUGGUGGGUGGGGUGAUGACACUCCUGCUCUCUCUGGGGGUGGAGGUGGGUGGGGAGAUGCUCCUGCUCCUUCCAGUGGCUUUGGGGAAGACUCCUAUGGCGGUGGUGGUGGUGGAGGCGGAGGAGGCGGCGGGGGAUGCUUCAAAUGUGGACAAGACGGUCACUUUGCUCGAGAAUGCCCCAGUGCUGGUGGUACCGGACGAGCAGGCGGCGGUGAUGAUGGCUGCUUCAAAUGCGGUGAACAAGGACACUUUUCCCGAGAAUGCCCCAACGGGCCUGGUCAAGGUGGAAGCGAGUGUUAUCGAUGUCACGAACGCGGUCAUUUCUCUCGAGAGUGCCCCAACGGUGGAGGUGGCGGUGGCUACGGCAAUUCCGGAUCCCGAUACUCUGGCUUCGGUGCCCCCGUCUCUGGUACCAACUCUGUCGGUCUCCCCACGGCUGGCGAAGUCACCGGCUGGGGAGCUCGCAAAGCUUUCCUCGUCGAGAACGGCAACCGACCCCCUGCUGACCCUUACACCUCGUCCCUCGGCGCUGGCUACGGUAAUGGCCGAGGCAGCAAUUCUCGUCCCGGCUGGGGUACUUCGGCACUCGCAAAGGAGAGAGAUUUGAGGGAACCCGGCUUUGAGUUUUUCGCCAAUCACAAGGUGGAGCUGCCACAGUACAAGAAGGACUUUAUGCAGGGCUCGGAAGCCUGGGAUCAUGAUGAUGAUCACAACCCUGCGAUCGCCGCCAUCGCCCAGGAACCUGAGCAUGAUUCCAAUUCGGGAUGGGGCGGGAGAGCCAAGCCUGCUGCUCCGCCUCCAGUGGAGUCCAACUGGGGUGGUGCGCCGGUUGCUACCGAUGAUGGAGACGACGAUGCGGGAGGAUGGGGGUUGCCGACACCCAAGGCUGGGAACACGAAUCUUCCUACUCAAGACGCUGGCGGAUGGGGUGGGGCUGCUCCUGCUCCUGCUGCCAAUAACGGCGGUGGCUGGAAUGAUAUCUCUCAGCAGGCUGGAAAACAAGCUUCCGAUGCUCAAUCUUCUUUCGGCGGUUCAUACAGUCGACGAUCCACUGGUGCACGACAACCCUGGUCUGAGCGACGUCAUCUUGAACAAGCUCCAGGUGACUCCGGCCAAUCUUCGAACGGAUUCGGUCAGUCCGGUUUCAACCAAGGAUUUGGUGGGGGUGCCGCCAGAUCCAACUGGGGCAAUGACGGCCGCGCCGACCAACCCGGCAAAUGGGGCCACGACGGAUUCCAAGACCUCCAGCGCGACAAUCAAAGCAAAGGCAGUCGAGGUAGUCGAGGCAGGGCAGCAUUCGGCGGUCCACCUCCUCAACAACGAGGCGCCGGCGGGUUUGGGGGUAGCACCGGCCAACACGAUAACGGCUACAGCGCCCGAUCUGGCAGCCAAGCUUCUCGCGGAGGUAGUGCAGGAGGUGGGGACUGGGGUGGUCAGUCUGCUUCUGGGCCUGCUCAGUCUUCCGGUGAAGACGCUGGAGGAUGGGGCGAUUCUACCAACAUGCCCUACCUUGAGGGCUUGAAGAUCUCCGAGUCUGGUGUACCUGAUCAGGCUGCGGAGGAGGAUACCGGUGGCUGGUAA